AGGCUAAUAUGUGCAUCAAUCCAGCGGAUUAUAACAACACCAUUGAUUUCCCGAACGCCGACAACAUCACAUGUCACUUCGCAUCGGAAUUGCAAACGGAUUGCAUAUACAAAAAUGCCACCUUCUGGCUAUUUGUGGUCUUCAUGUGUCUCGGCACCAUUGGUUUCAAUGUGGUCAAUUCGAUAUCGGAUGCGAUUUGCUUCGAUAUGCUUGGUGAAUCAGGGGAGGGUAAAUAUGGUGCACAGCGUGUUUGGGGCACAAUCGGUUUUGGUUCUACUGCGCUGCUGGCCGGUAUUGCGGUGAACCUUUGGACCACGGAUGCGCUAAAAAGUUUCACACCCGCACUGAUUGUGAUGAUGAUCUUCAGCGGUUUCGAUUUGCUAAGCGUUUCAAAGUUGAAACUUCCAAAACUCUCGUCAUCAGAGUCCAUAUUCAAGGAUGUCUGGAAAUUGAUGAGCCAUCCAGCUAUUGCUGUGUUCCUGGUUUUCGCUACCAUUGCCGGCAUAAUCGAUUCAUUCAUCAUUUACUACAUGUUCUGGCAUGUCGAAGAGGUGGCUGCCGAAACGGGCUUUAUGUCGCAGAUUAAGUUAAUUGAAGGUUGUGUUGUUGCCGCCGAGUGCCUUGCUGGCGAAGUGCCAUUCUUUUUCUACAGCGGGAAGAUUAUCAAAAAACUCGGCUACGUACAUUGUAUGACUAUGUGCUUCUUCUUUUACGCCAUGCGUCUCGCGUUAAUCGCUUGGAUACCAAACCCUUGGUACUUAGUUGGUGUGGAAUUGUUUUUCCAAGGCAGCACCUAUGCGUUGUGCUACACGUGUAUUGUAGCUUACGCGUCAGCUGUGGCACCACCGGGAACUUCCGCCACCGUUCAGGGUCUAAUGGCUGGCGUAGAUGAUGGUUUGGGGUUCUCCAUUGGUUCGCUGGUGGGUGGUCUGGUCCUCAAACAUUUCGGUGGUCGUCGUAGUUUCUUCUACUUUGCAAUAUUCGCAUUUACGGCAUGUGUGCUCCACAUGUUGGUACGGCCGCGUUCACGCAAACGCCAAUAUCUGCCGAAGAGUGGCUAUCAAGUGCCCAACGAGCAGAUGACACUCGGUACUGUGGCUGUAGAGGGAGAAAUUAAAGCGUGAUCAAGCAUAAGACUGGAAAUAUAUUACAUUAGAUUUGUUAUUUGUGACGUUUGAUAGUUGCACCUUUACAAUUUUAUUUGUAUAGUUUUUGAAUUUUGUAUUAUAAUGACAAUUUUAUGUACAGUUGGAUAGGGUAAAAAUGUGAAGUUGUUUAUUUGUACAUUUAUAUAUAAAUACGAUAUCGUAUAGGUAGAUUUUAUUAAAGAAAUAUUUUAUAACCGGAA